AUGCCAACUCAUGCAUCGAAUACGCCCGCUAGCACCCUCCGAGUCGAUUUAGGCCAGGCGGGUGUCGCAUGCCCUGCUCCGUUAACGCCACCUCCAGAGAUCAACGGUGAUGGUCAAAUAGGACGGGAGCUCCCUCAGCAGGGCUUGGUCGGGGAAGAUGGCGUCAGCCGGCUGUCCAUGGACGAUAAUACUGCGGCGGGCAUGUCUCUGAGGCAAGAGGAGAGUCUGUAUAGUCCUUCUGGAAGCUUUCGAUCGCCCACGCAGACCGGGUUUACGCCGGAGCUCAAAGACACCGACAAACUUGAUGGAGACGGUGAUAUCAUACUCAACGAGACUGGGGCGAAGACGAGCGACGUACUUUCGGCGGAGGUUCCGGACGCCGCACACAUGAUUGAUCUCGCAAGAAGCCAGGGUGAGAUGGCCAUUGGCCAGGAACACACCGAUAAGGCCAGUCCGAAACAGAAGACGACAGUGGAGGAUGGCGAUUUCGGCAUCCCAUCACCUCCAGCAGAGAGUCAUCGACAAGACGGACACCGGCAUCGUGAUAGCACCACAACACAAGCGGGAAUCCCCCCAAUCGACCAAGAGCUGGAUUGGGCGAGCCACACCAAGGACUGGGAUUUCUCGCGCCGGCGUCUGCGUCCUCAGUAUCCAUCGGUGACGUUCCAGCCCUACUCCAAGUUCAAGGGCACACAACAAUCGGAUCGCCAGAUUUACAAUGUCGAAGUCACCAUCUUGACGGUCGACAUUGAACAGGCGACCAUGUCCGGAUAUCUACAGAUCUGUGGACUCACUCCGGAUCACCCGACAUUGACGACUUUCUUCACAGGCGAAAUCAUCGGCGGGCCGAACCAGAAGUACAGCUUCCGGACAAAAGAUCCUGCCUGGGGUGCCAGUGAUAAGACUGAUCUGACUCAUUGGGCCCGAUUUCCAGCGUGGCGGCCACUCAGCCUGCAUGCCAAGCGCAAUAUCAACUUUGUCUAUCCCUUGAACCACGAAGAUUGGUGGCAGCAGGAAUACAUUUUCAUGCGGUGGAAGGAGCAUUUUCUCGUCCCCGACUAUAAGCUGAAGAGCAUUCAGGGGGCCAGCUUCGAAGGCUUUUACUAUAUCUGCUUUAAUCAAAUCGAGGGGAGGGUGAGUGGGAUCUAUUUCCACUCCAAAAGCGAGAAAUACCAGCAGCUCGAACUAAAGCACGAGGGAAAGCAAGGCGUUUGGGGCCGGGGAGUUUGUCCUUCGAUUGAAUUCCGCUGA